UUUUUUUUGCUAACCUGGUAACUGUAUCCUUUUAAAAAUUGAAGAUGGAGGGUGAUUUAGUUAUUAUUUUCGCGAGGAUUUUUUUAACUAAAAAUUUGAAUACAGAUGUGAGCCAUUUGGGAAUCCUGCCUGUGUGCUUGUGGGGGAGGGGUCUGCUCCCAUUGUAGUGAGGUAGGGAAGGUCCACAGGAGGUUUUUGUUGUUGUUUAAUUUUGUUUUCUCUUUAAACUAAAAGGAAAAUAAAAUUCGUCCCCUAAGGUGUUUGUGUUACCUCCAGGUCUCCUACCGGGUUCUUGGAAAGUAAGCCUAAAUCCAAACCCUCAGCUGAGGCCUAGCUUUCCAAUCUUUUAUGAUCCAGUAUUUGGAACCCAAAAGAUAAAAUUGUGAGUGAAUGUCUGUCUGGGCAAUUUAUGGUAAUAAUGAGGCCUAACGAGGCUGUUAGAAAGAUAAAAUGUUAUUUACCAAAAACCUGAUGGGAUAAUUUGACUUGCUGUGUUUUACUACUGAUGAUAAAAAGAAUAUUGAUUGCAAAUAAAUCAUGGCCUCUAAAUGCCUGCAAACAGUUUCUGUUUGCUCGGCUGCAGAUCAAAGUCAAACUUAAGAGAUAAAGUAACCAAGAAGAGGCCCAGGAAACUGAACCGGUUCCCCUGAGCUUCAGCCUGUGGCUCCAGGGCCUGACGUUAAUAUUUUACUGGAUAAGCUCUUCUUUUGUAUUUAAAAAAAAAAUGUGUUUUGUCAUUGUUACUGAGGAUGGCCAGGAUUAAAUUUUAAAUUACCUGUCACCGCUACAGACCUCUAAGUGUGAGUGAGCCAUUAUAUGCAGAUUAAUUUGAGAGGCAAAAAGAGGGCUCUGCUUUCAUUUUAAAUUGGUGGUGAAUUUAGACUGAAGAGUGCCCUGGAUGGUUUAUUUUGAUUGAGUCCUUCAGGGUGAGAAGGAGGGGCCUUGAAUUCUGAGUGCUUCACUUUGGAGAAACUGUUUCAUCAGUCUACAGAAAAGGUUUUCCCCCUCCAGCUAGUGGCUCUCAGUAUGAACUGAAGGACAACCCCGGGGUGCACCCAGCGACCUUCGCAGCCCACACAACGCCUGCUUAUUAUCCCUAUGGUCAGUUUCAAUACGGGGAUCCCGGACGGCCCAAGAACGCCACGCGGGAGAGCACCAGCACGCUGAAAGCCUGGCUCAACGAACACCGCAAGAACCCGUACCCCACCAAAGGAGAGAAGAUUAUGCUGGCCAUUAUCACCAAGAUGACCCUCACACAGGUCUCCACCUGGUUCGCCAAUGCGCGCCGGCGCCUCAAGAAGGAGAACAAGGUGACUUGGGGGGCGCGCAGCAAGGACCAGGAAGACGGCGCCCUCUUUGGCAGCGACACCGAGGGCGACCCCGAGAAGGCCGAGGACGACGAGGAGAUCGACCUGGAGAGCAUUGACAUCGAUCAGAUCGACGAGCGUGAUGGCGACCAGAGCAACGAAGACGAAGAGGACAAGGCGGAGGCUCCUAGGGCGCGCGUAGCCCCUCCCGCCUCAGCUCGGGACCAGAGCUCCCCAUUGUCGGCUGCUGAGACACUCAAGUCUCAAGAUUCGCCCUUGGGCCUGGUUAAGGAGGUCUCAGAGCCCGGCAGCACACGCCUGCUGAGUCCUGGCGCCGCGGCGGUCGGCCUGCAGGGCGCGCCGCACAGCAAGCCCAAGAUCUGGUCUCUGGCUGAGACAGCCACUAGCCCCGAUGGUGCGCCUAAGGCGUCUCCACCGCCACCCUCAAGCCACGCCAGCGCACACGGGCCGCCCAGCGGCUCACCCCUGCAACACCCGGCCUUUCUACCCAGCCACGGACUGUACACCUGUCACAUAGGCAAGUUUUCCAACUGGACCAACGGCGCGUUCCUAGCACAGGGCUCGCUGCUGAACAUGCGAUCUUUCCUGGGCGUCAGCGCGCCGCAUGCAGCACCUCACGGCCCACACCUGACAGCACCACCACCUCCACAGCCGCCAGUCCAGGUUGCCACCGGGGUGCUCCAUGGUGAGAAGGCCUCCGCACGCAGCAGUCCUGCACUUCCAGAGAGAGACCUAGUCACCAGACCGGAUUCGCCCCCACAACAGUUAAAGUCGCCCUUCCAGCCGGUGCGCGACAACUCGCUGGCCCCGCAGGAGGGAACGCCUCGGAUCCUCGCAGCCCUCCCGUCUGCCUGAUUAAGGGGGGUCAUCUUUUACUUUUGCGGGGGGAGGGGAGGGGGAGGGGUUGGGGGGGAGGAGACGAGGGAAGAAUUAAGACAAAUAUUUGAGACUUGUGUAAAGGACAAACGUGACGGCAGCGUCAGUGAUUCUCACACAUCGCUCUCUGCAGAAAGGGGCUCAUCCUGCCUAAGCGCUUGGGAAGGGGGGAGUAAGGCUCAGCCUGCCGCUCGGAUUGAUUAUCCGAUUCGGUAAAUGCCCCCCUCCCACUUCUGUGUUUGUGUCUUCUUUGUUUCUUUUUUCCCCUUUCUGUAUAUAGCGUGAUUUCAGAUUGUAAAUAGCGCGUCAGCGAACUUGUUUAAAUCAUAUAUUUUUGUCUAAUAAACUAAAUGAAACGAUGUC